AUGACAACCGUGGCGAAGUCGCAGGACGUCUGCACAGGGUGUCGGUCUAGAAAGAAGAAAUGCAACGGCGACCGCCCGAGUUGCUCCUCAUGUCUCAAGCGCGGCGACGUCUGCUUCUAUGCCGGGGCUCCAUCUCAAGUCCCAACAUAUUUACCGGCUGAAUGGCUUCCCAUUUCAGAUUUGGAAGAACCCCAGGAUGGCAGUGUCUGGAUGUCGGACAUGCCGCAUGGCGGUGGCACCGCUCGACCCGGAGACUGGCCAUCCAUCGAGCCGGAAAUGCUAGACCAACAGCCUGAAGCAUGGAUUGCAUCAAUUGAUUCUGUUCAACAACAAGAAUCUCAGUUUGAAAGUUCAUCGUCUGAUCCUACUGGUUCCUCUACGACGCCUCUGUCAUCUGUCACUCUUCCUCCCCAAAAGGAAUUGAUGGAACUAGUGGACCUCUACUUCGAAAAGUUCUAUUCAUACCUACCCAUUCUUCACAGAUCGACCUUGAUGUCAAAACUGAAAUCCCCUGGCUACGAUUCCCACCUUCUCCUCUUAUCCAUCAUUGCGGUGACGGCAAGUGCUCAUCCGAACCGUGAGAUCCAACAAGCACAGCUCGGUUGGUACAACGAAGCAAUGAGUCUCUUCUCAAAAGCCCUUCAUUCGACGGAUAAUCCGUUGCAAACCAUUCUAUCCGCAAAUUUUAUCAUCUUCCAGGCCAUGGUUCUGACAGAGUACUCGACGGCCUGGAUGUUUCUCGGAUCGGCAUGGCGGUUAUGUGUAGCCUGCAACCUACAACAACAGGAUAGGGGCCUUAAAAGACUUAGUCUUUGCACACCACAGCCUCCCACCAACUUGAUCACGAGGGAGGAAUGCCGGCGUGCUGUCUGGGUCCUUUUUAUCUUUGACAGAGGGAUGUGUUUCCCGAUUGGACUGACACACGCGAUCGAUGAUCGACAGCUGAGGAUCAAUUUCCCGAUGGACGAUGAUGAGUUCCAAGCUACGACCACGCCGUCAACAAAUAACUCUAUCCUCUAUACCUCAAACCUUGACCGCCUCAUCACGUUGGUCCAGGGUCAGUCUCGAAAGAAGACUGCGACAUUGAUGCAGUUUAUUGUCCUCGCCUACGUGUUCCUCGGGCGUGUGUGCGAACGCAUCUAUACACUUGACGACGACAGCGACGAGCAGCGGCCUUACAUUGAUGCGCUGACAUCGCAUCUAUUAAGGAUACGCCUUAUGCUACCUCGGUCUGCCACCGAUCUCUCCGCUGCAAACUAUUCCGAUUUCACGCUUGUUACUUGGCUCAACAUCGUUUUGAACACGAGCACCAUUCUCCUCUACCACAAGCCUCUCCAUGGAAAUGAGACCCACGAGGGACAAAGCGAGCUCGCGACCAACUGGCCACACUGCGUCGCCGCAGCCCGGAAUUCCGUUUCGAUGAUUCGCGAUGCGUCUCGGACAUCAACAGAAAUCUUCAUCAACCCGCACCUAUCUUCGAAGCUAUUUACUUGUGGACGCAUCAUUGUGAUGGAGUAUCUAUGCCCCUCUACCAAGAAAUCAUCAACCUCACCCGAUUCGGCAUGUCUAAAAGACCCCGCAUUACGAGAUGACAUCGAAGUACUGCUCCUCACGUUUGAGCGAAUGAGGGAAGCCCUCCAAGGCGUCGGCAGAAAAUUCCGCAACGGUCUGGUGUUCUGCUUGCGGGAGGACAAGGCACAGGUUCUCGAAUCCAAAGCUGGUGGGUCUUGCGACUUGCUUAAAUCAUGCGCAAAUUGGCCCUUGGUUGACGAUGAUGAGGGUCUUGUAUUUUCGAUCUAA